AUGCUUUCAUCUAAGAAUGAUCAUUCAGUUGAUGAAAAUUCUGAUUUAUUAGAAUUAUCGGAUUCUAUUAGUCCUUCUGAUAUCUCAAACCAUUCUUUUUAUGGUAAUUUUAAACGUUCGAGCUCAUUGCCAAUACAAUCCAAUUUACCUACGCUAUUUAAUAAUUUGAGGGCAAAUGAUAGAAAAGAACUGUCCAAUAGUGGUACUUCGCCAGGAAGGAGUUGGUUAAGGAAAUUAAUGAGCCCAAGUAAUAAAUUGAAUGACUUGGGUUCUAUGGAAAAUACAAAACCAGGAUGGGCCGGAAAAAAUGCUAAUAGUAAAUCAUUGGGGGAUAAUACGAAUAGUGAAGAGGACUCAUAUGAUAUCUCUCUCGAUAAUGAGAGAGAAACAAGUGCAUACCCGUUCAAGGAUAUUGAUCAAGUCAAGAUACCGCCGGUAUUCUUUAAAGAGGGUCUCUCAUUGCUUAAAGUAUCUCAUAAAUCUAAAAAAAGGACAUUUUUUCAAAUAGGAGAGAAAGACUUCCAAUUUUCUUUGAAAAAUGCAUAUGCAUCGGCCUCCACCACAGCUUCAAGUGGGUUAUAUAGGCUUCUUACCCCUACAUCAUCUUAUCAACCAAAAAAUAAAUCCUAUGAAUUCUCAAUUGACGAUAUAAAAGCCAUUUCGUAUCAAAAAGAUGCCAGCAAUUAUCGUAAGGAACUUCAUGUAUCAAAGGAAUUCGAAAGUCAAUGGCUUACAAUUAUUUAUUUUGACAAGAAGAAGAAAAAGUUGAAGACUAUUCAUGUUAUUGCUGAUACAGAACACGAUCUAAAAAAGUUAUUGUCUGUAUUGUCAGGGUUAAAGAAGUUGAGAAAUAAUUUGGCGAAGAAUUAUCUCCUAGAUUUGAACGAUAUUGAUGAAACUCAAAGAAAUAUGUUUAUCGGUAGAAGUCAAGAAGAGAAUGAAAAAGAGAUUAGGAAAUUUCUUUCCUUCAAUGAUAUAUUAAAAUAUUCCAAAAGGCUAAACAUAAAUAUGAAUCCAACCUAUUUAAGGACAAUUUUUAAUUUUGUAUGUGCCGACAGUUCUGUCGAUAGAGGGUUAGACUUUGAUCAAUUUAAGCAAUUUGUGUCGAUAUUGAAAACAAGACAUGAUAUCACUCAUAUAUGGAAUUCAACUUGUGGUGAAAACAAAAGUAUGACCUUUGAUAUUUUCAAGAAUUUCAUGACAGACGUUCAGAAAGAAAGCUUUACAGAGGAGUACUUGAGAAAGAUAUUUAGGAAAUUCUGUAUUGAAGACAAGAACUAUUGGAUACCUGAAAAUUUUAAUAAUUUCUUAUUAUCAAAGUAUUCCACAUCGAUGUAUAAUGCUGCAACAAACGAAAGUUACUUUGAUCACCCUUUGAAUGAAUACUUUAUAUCAUCUUCCCACAAUACAUACUUAAUGGGUCGACAAGUUGCGGGGGAUUCAUCAAUUGAAGGUUAUAUAAAAGCUUUGCAGAGGGGAUGUAGGUGUGUCGAAGUUGAUAUAUGGGAUGGAUAUAUCGAUGGUAUGGAUGAUAAUGACAAAACAAAUAACGAACCUAUAGUCAGUCACGGUAGAACAUUCACUAGUUCUAUUUCAUUGAAUAAUGUGUUCAAAACUAUAAAGAAGUAUGCUUUCAUUACCUCACCGUUUCCUUUAAUAAUAAGUCUCGAAAUAAAUUGCUCUAUUGAUAACCAACUUAAAGUGGUUCGAACACUAAAGGAAGUGUUAGGUGAUACUCUAAUCACGCAACCCAUUGAUGAUAAGUUUACUUUGCCAACCCCAUUGCAGUUGAAGCACAAAAUUUUAUUGAAAGUCAAGAAGACUAGUCCUUUCAGUGAUCUUAUUGCUAGCGAAAAUGGAAAUUACGUUUCUUCGACCACUACAACCACGACAUCAUUCAGUGAAGAUAACGGAUCGGGUGGAGUUAAAAGAAGGUCUUCUUUCAGUAUUAGGAGGAGAAAGGCAAGGAAAAUCACUGACACGCUAAGUGAUUUAGGGAUUUAUUUGCAGGGCGUAAAAUUCAGGAAUUUUUCAUUACCUGAAUCAAAAACGUUCAAUCACUGUUUUUCAUUGAGCGAGAAGUCAAUUAACACCAUGCUUAAGGAUGAUAUUAAAUGUACUUCGAUUGAUAAACAUAACAGGAAAUACUUCAUGAGGGUUUAUCCAUCGAAUAUAAGAUUAAAAUCGUCGAAUUUUUUGCCAAUGAAAUAUUGGUCGCACGGAGUACAAAUGGUGGCUACAAACUGGCAGACUUAUGACUUAGGUCAGCAAAUUAAUGAAUCCUUAUUUGAAAGCACCAAUAGAAGGGGAUACGUAUUAAAACCCGAGGAUUUACGAAAACCUCUAUUAAAAUCAUCUAAUAGAUCCAUAGUCGCAAAACGAACAAUUAAAACAAAAUUUGACAUAGAAAUAAUUAGUGCCCACCAACUCCCUAAACCGAAAGGAUCAGUAUCUGCUAUAAACCCCUUUAUCAAUUUUGAUAUAACUGGAGCUAGCGAUAUAGUAUGGGAUCGUGGAUCAGCUCCUUUGAGAACUUCAAUAAUUCCUGAAAAUGGAUUUAAUCCUAUAUGGAACGAAAAAUUCAGUGGUACUAUUACUACAUUCGAUGACUUCGUUUUUGUGAGGUUUUUGAUCAAUGCAUCUUCUUCAAUUUCAGAGGUAGAAGAAAUACAGCCUAUAGGUAUCCUAGUUUGCAAAUUAUUCGAUCUCAAGAAGGGUUACAGAUAUCUUCCAAUAAAUGAUUUAUUAGGGGAGGAGUUAAUAUAUUCUACAUUAUUUGUUAAGAUUAAUUAUUACGAGCUAUAG